CACGCGGAAAGAGGCGGACUAGGGUGGAGCAUGCGCAGCGCCCGUGUGCCGUUAGCUGCUCAAGUUUGCGCGGGGCCGCGGCGAACCUUCGGGAAGCUUCCUCCUGCUGCUUGGCUGAGGUAAAAACUUCCCGUGUGGCCCCAGCCAGUGUCCCUUGUUCUCCCGGCCGCUCCAGCAUGGCUCCCACCGGUUCAUCCGCCUCCCCUGAGGAGCUCAGGGCCGGCAUUAAGCGGCUGACCGAUUCGCACCUGGUGGUGGUGUUUAGCAAGAGCUUCUGCCCGUUCUGCAAGAAGGUUAAAGAUCUAUUUGCAAGCCUGGAUGUUGAUAUUCAUACUGUGGAACUGGACUUAAUGGAUGAGGGAGUUGAAAUGCAGAACAUGUUGCUUGAGAUGACUGGCCAGAAGACCGUUCCUAAUGUAUUUGUUAAUAAGACUCAUUUGGGUGGCUGUGAUAGCACCAUGCAGGCUAAUGAAGAUGGCUUGUUGAAGAGACUCUUGGAUGGGGGUGAAAUGUAUGAUUAUGAUCUCAUAGUCAUUGGUGGUGGUUCUGGAGGACUUGCCGCCUCAAAGGAGGCUGCCAACUUUGGAAGGAAAGUCUUGGUGUUUGAUUAUGUUGUGCCAACACCUUUGGGAACAUCCUGGGGUCUUGGUGGUACAUGUGUAAAUGUAGGGUGCAUUCCAAAGAAGCUGAUGCACCAGGCAGCUAUCCUAGGGCAAAGCUUAAAGGAUUCUCACAAGUUUGGCUGGGAGUUUGGAGAUGCAGUUGAGCACAACUGGACCAAAAUGAAAGAAGCAAUCCAGAACUAUAUUGGCUCUUUGAACUGGGGUUACAGAGUGGCUCUACGGGAUAAGAAAAUAACUUACAUUAACUCCUAUGCUGAGUUUGUGGAACCACAUAAGAUAAAGGCAACAAGCAAACGGGGCAAAGUGACCUUCCAUUCAGCAGAAAGAUUCAUCAUUGCAACAGGCGAAAGACCGCGUUAUUUAAAUAUACCAGGAGAUAAAGAAUACUGCAUAACCAGUGACGAUCUCUUUUCACUGCCUUAUUGCCCAGGGAAGACUCUGGUUGUGGGUGCUUCGUAUGUCGCACUGGAAUGUGCAGGAUUCCUUGCUGGCCUGGGAUUGGAUGUGACUGUCAUGGUGCGCUCAAUUCUCCUGCGAGGAUUUGACCAGGAAAUGGCAGAGAAAGUAGGAGAGCAUAUGGAAAGUCACGGAGUGAAAUUUCUGAAGAAAUAUGUACCGACUAAGGUUGAACAGCUGGAGGCUGGAACUCCUGGGAGACUCAAAGUAACUGCAAAGUCCACAACGGGUAGAGAGGUCAUUACUGGGGAAUAUAAUACUGUGUUAAUUGCUGUGGGCCGUGAUGCUUGCACCAAGUACCUUGGCUUGGAGAAAGUUGGUGUUAAUCUCAAUGAAAAAAAUGGAAAAAUGUUGGUGGACAGUGAAGAAAAGUCCAAUGUGCCUUAUAUUUAUGGCAUAGGCGAUGUUAUUGAUGGCAAGUUGGAACUCACCCCUGUUGCCAUUCAAGCUGGGAAGUUGCUUGCACGCAGACUCUAUGCAGGUUCUACCGUGAAGUGUGACUAUGUCAAUGUAUGCACCACAGUCUUUACACCUUUGGAGUAUGGAUGCUGUGGGCUGUCUGAGGAAAAUGCAAAAGCACUUUACGGAGAUGAGCACAUUGAGGUGUAUCACAGCGUAUUCUGGCCAUUGGAAUGGGUCUUACCUGGAAGAGAUAAGAAUGCUUGUUAUGGCAAAGUCAUUUGCUCGAAGUCAGAUAAUAAUAAGGUGGUGGGAUUCCAUGUUCUUGGUCCAAAUGCUGGUGAAAUCACACAAGGAUUUGGUGCGGCUAUGAAGUGUGGCAUGACCAAAGACCAGCUGAACAAUGUCAUUGGCAUUCAUCCAACCUGUGCAGAGGUGUUCACAACAAUGGAAAUAACAAAAAGAUCAGGGGUGGACAUUACCAAGAAAGGAGGAUGCUGAGGUUAAGCCCUGCUGUUGUAAUGCUGUCGCCUUGUGUGCAUUGUUACUGCUGUAAGGCUUGGUCAAUUUGCAUCUUGCCUCCUACUCAGGUAAAACUAACCAGUGACAAGGCACUGUGAAACAGCCUUCCUUGCUGCAGUGCCUUGCCUUGAGUUCUGUCACAGCAGAGGAUCACGGAUGUACAUGGGGCACAUGGCACAACAGCGGGGUAAACCUCGGUGUGAACUUUAUCACCAGACCUGCUUGGAAGGGCACUGACUUGACGGCCUGUGCCUCCUUGAAGUUUUGGCCUGGAACCUAGUAUGAGGUGGGCCAAGAUGGAUGACUAACAAGCAGGGUCUGGAACUUCUACAUCCACUCAGAUGAUUGCGCUUCCUUCUCUAGUGAGACUUUAGUCUUGUGUAACAGCCUAGUCUCCUGAGAUAUUACUCUUUGUUUUUAAGGGUUGGGCUGCUGAUGGGAAUGGUUUUGUUUCGUUAUGUAGUGUAGCUAAUUAGCAUCAUUGGAUUCUUGCAAGUUUUUUUAAAAUCAAGAAUUUGUCUGUAAAGAAAUAUCCAUGUUUGAUUAUUAAAUGUUCUACAAUAUUGAUCUUUUAUCAGAAAGUAUACUGAUUAUGGUUUGGGAAGCAUAUGUUUGAUUAUUUUGUAAUAUGAGGAACUGCCCUGUUUAUAACGGUCUCUACUUUUUAAUCUUAAAGUCCAAUAGGAGUAAGCAACCUUUGACCAAUCUUGCAAUUGUUCUUAUAAAUAUGUCAGAAUGUGUGAAUCUAGAAAAUUCUUUCUAUAGAAAUUUUAUUCAAAAUCUGGUUCUGCAGUAGAACUAAGUUUCCAUAAAAGUUCAUUGACCUUUUUGUUUUUUGCCUUGUUCUCUUUGUUAUUUGAGGAAGUGGCCACAGUCUGUUUAGAUCUGUUUGUAGCUCUUGCUGGUGACUUCUAGACUACUUAAUGUAACCUGUUGAAAUCACCUAUGUAUCCAAAUGCUUUCAUUUCCUUGUCUUUCUGCUCAUUUUUAAUUGGGAACAUUUGCAAACUAAGGUCAGAUUAAAUGCAUGCACUAUCACUUUUUUUGUGGUAGUGUAUAUUUUUGGGUAAGCACACAAAUGCUUGGAUAUUUAAUUGGAAUGAUAGCUGACUUGUGUUUAUUUAUCACUAGUGCCUGUCUGAUCAGAACUUUUUGUCAAGAUUUUGUGUAUUCCACCUCAAGCAGCACUAACUGGAAUAUUUCUAUUGUGAACAAAGUUUGUUAUCCAAAAUACAUUUAAUAAAAUCUAUACCAAAUUUAAUAGUGUGUAAGGAAUGCCUUUCUGAUGAGGCAACUAGACUGUAUUAGGCUUAAAAAUUCAUCUCUUUCGGUGGCGCAGUUCAACUGAAAGCAGCUGUUAAUACCAACCAUACUUGGAAAACUUGUUCUUUUCACUAAUAUAAAUCUAACUUUUUUCCAAUAUAGUGGGUUCCUGUUAUUUAGAUCAUCGGUUAAUCAAGCUGCCACUUACUUUUUGGACAAAUCUCAAAGAACGAAAGUUAAUCAAUAAAAUAGCUGGGAUUCCCUUUGUUUAUUUGGGACACUGCCGCUUAAUUGGGGCAGGAGACCGUUGUUAUACAGUUUCUAGCUAGCAUCAAUUGCAUGCACCUGUGUGGCCAUUAGACAUUUAACCAUGCUUAGAAUAAACAGUUUUUAAAUAGUGUUAGCUGUGUGUAAUUGCGUUCAAAAAGCGGUGAUCUGUGUCACUGAUAGUUGGUGAGAAAUGAGCAGCAAGACAAUUCCAGAACUGUUUUGCUCACUGCGGUUUCAAGCACUGAGGCUUGAAGAUGCUAGAAACAGCUGGAAGAGAAAAUGAAACUAUUUCCCUACUUCAAGUUGGGAACUAUGAAGAAUUUGAAGGUAUCAACAAUCAUCUUGAAUGAUACAAUGAAAGUGAAGAUUUGAAGGAUACAAUCAUCAAAAGCAUUGUAUGAAGGCAGUCUAUUAUCUGCACUUGGUGACUGCACAGAUUUUGUUCAUUUACAGUCAAAAGAACAGUGUACACUGAAUUCCUCCCAAUAAUUAUUAGGAAUUAAUACAGUUUUGUAGUACUGUAGAGGUAUUGGUACUGUUCUGAUUUGUUCUGUAUUUCAUUUAAAUAUUACUCAGUCUGUUUUUAUUUACUUUAAUUAUUUCCAUGAAACUUUAGCUAAUUAGGGUAGUCACUUAACUGGGCCAAAACAUACUGGACCAGAAUCCACUAUUUUUCAUUUUUAAGUUAUAAAAUGUUAGUGCUUACUAAUAUAGUCAUUUGCAAAUUUCCUAUCAGCUAUUUGGAUCAUUUGCCAAAGCUAGACUCCAAAGUUUUAUAAACAUGAGAUUCUGCAGAUGCUGGAAAUCCAGAGUACACAUACAAAAUGCUGGAGGAAUUUAGCAGAUCGGGCAGUAAAGGGAAUAGAGUUCGUGUUUCGGGCCAGGAUCCUUCAUCACCCUUCAUCUAUGACUUCUAGUUCUAGUCUCACCCAGCCUUUGGAAAAAGCCUGCUUGCCUUUACCUUGUAUAAACCCACCAUAAUUUUGUAUGUCGUUAUAUCUUUCACUUCUGCUUUCCUGCCCACUUGCUUAAACCUUUCACCAUGCUUGUCAGCUAUCUAUCUACAUCUCUGGAAGAAGUGCCUCGGCCCAGAAUGUUGACUGACUAUUCAUUUCCAUAGAUGCUGCCUUACCUGAGUUCCUCCAGGAUUUUGUGUGUGUGUGUGUGUGUUGCUUCGGAUUUCCAACAUCUACAGACUUUUUCAUAUAUAUCUACCUCUAUCUUGAUAAUAUUCAGAGAGCCUUCCACGAGCUGUAGAAAAAAUUACAAAAAGAUGUGACCCUUUAAGUAAACAUUUUGCCUCAGUCUUUAGCAACCUGACCCUUUUUUAAAAAAAAAAUAAGUGACUGAGUUUGGAAUUCUUCCACAAGCUGAAGCAUCUUUGGUACAAUCACCAUGACAAGAUCCCUUGAGGAUUUUGAACAUUUCAAAUAAUUCCUCUCGCUCACUUAACUAUAGCAGACAAGCCUAGUAUCCAACCUCUCCUUUUCUAGACUGGAUGGUAGUUGCUUCCAAUGUAUUGACAUCCUAUGUUGAAAAAGGAGUCCACUGUUUGAGUUGUGGUAUCAACAAUGCCCUUUGGAAAUGAAGCAUGUCCUCCUACCUUUGUACUCAGUUCACCUCUGCUUCCUGUGGAUGGCCCAUUUCUGUUCUAAGUGUUUGCAGGUGACCACCAUUGUGGGCUGUAUUUCAAAUGAUAAGCCUCAAUACAGGAAGGAGGUGGUGACAUGAUGACAACCUUUCCCUCUGUCUCAGAAGAGCAAAAGAGCUGGUUAUUGCCUCCAGAAAGGGAGGUGGUGCACAUGCUCCUAUCUUCAUUAAUGAUUCAAAUGUUGAGAACAUCACGUUCCUAGGAAUGAACAAUAGCCUGUCCUGGUCCAAGUACGUUGAUGCCACACUAGUUAAUUGGGAGACUAAAGAAACUUGGCUUGUCCUAAUAUCCAAAUACAUCAUGGCUUGGCAUGGCAACUGCUGUCCAAGACCAUGAGAAACUUAAGAGUUGUGGACACAGCUCAAAACAUGAUGGAGAUCAGCCUUCACUCUGUGGGCUCUGCUACACUUCUUACUUCAAAGACCCCAGCCACCCUGGACAUUCUCUUCCCUCACCUACCCUAUUAGGAUACAAAUGCCUGGAUGCUCAAGGACAGCUUCUAUCCUGUUAUAAGACUAUUGAACAGUCCUUUGUUAUGAUAAGUCUACAUUAUGAUCUUGCACCUUGUGAUCUGCCUGUACUGCACUUUCUCUAACUGUUAAGUUGUUCUGCCUUCUGUUACUGUUUUUCCUUGUACUCCCUCAAUGUACUGUGUAAUGAAGAGAUUGAUCUGUAUGAAUGGUAUGGAAGACUUUUUUGCUGUACCUUGGUACAUUGUGGCAACAAUAAACCAAUUUACCAAUAAAGAAGAAA